AUGGCGGCCAUUGAAGGAAGAAUCCCCGCGGGGAUUGAAGGAAGAAUCCCCGCGGCGAUUGAAGGAAGAAUCUCCGAGGAAUUAACGCCAAGGUAUUAUGCCCUUUGCACCAUUGGAGGAAUGCUUAGUGCUGGUACCACUCACCUUGUCACCACUCCUCUUGAUGUUGUGAAAGUUAACAUGCAGGUGCACCCUAUUAAAUAUCACAGUAUUUCGUCGUGCUUUACUACCUUAUUGAGGGAACAAGGGCCUUCUGUCCUCUGGAAAGGUUGGACAGGAAAGUUCUUUGGAUACGGUGCUCAAGGAGGGUGUAGAUUCGGUCUUUAUGAAUAUUUUAAGGGGGUUUACUCCAAUGUAUUAGUAGACCAGCAUAGGAGUCUUGUGUUCUUUCUUAGUAGUGCAUCUGCUGAAGUAUUUGCCAAUUUAGCCUUAUGUCCAUUUGAAGCUGUUAAAGUCAGGGUUCAAGCACAGCCUAGUUUUGCCAAGGGCAUGUUAGAUGGAUUCCCGAAGGUAUAUGCAUCAGAAGGCGCACGAGGAUUCUACCGUGGACUUGUUCCACUUUUGGGUCGAAACAUUCCAUUUUCCAUGGUUAUGUUCUCAACGUUCGAGCAUUCUGUUGAUUUUUUGUAUCGUAAUGUUGUCAAAAGAAAAAAGGAGGAAUGUUCAAAAGCUCAACAACUCGGUGUGACAUGUUUAGCUGGAUAUACCGCUGGAUCUGUUGGUAGCUUUGUUUCUAACCCUGCUGACAAUAUAGUAGCUUCUCUUUAUAACAGAAAAGCUGAUAGUCUUAUGCUGGCUAUCAGAAAAAUUGGACUGGCCAAUUUAUUUACCAGGAGCCUUCCUAUUAGAAUGUUGCUGGUUGGUCCUUCCAUAACUAUGCAAUGGUUUUUCUACGACACAAUCAAAGUUUUAGGUGGACUGCCAACUAGUGGUGAAGUUGCAGCUGACUUGGGAGAUGGAACAGGCUAG